ACAAGCAAAAUGUUUGUUUCUAAACAAAAUGUUCUUAAUAUGUAUAAAAAUGUUACCCUACCCCACCCACUUUAAACACUAAUUUUACCAUUUCCCUAUCUAAAAUGCCUUAUUCAAAAUAUUCCUAAAAUUUACCAUAAUGAGGGGCUGUUUUCAAAGUUUGCCUAAAUUUUUUUAAAGGUAUAUUGGUUGAUCCUGUGAAAUAUAAAAUACUUUUACCGUGUAGUUUUUAUUUUAUUAAACUUUAAAAAUAUCUGGUAUCAUAUUUUCUAUUAAUUUUGUCAUUAUUUAGCAAAUAAAUACCUACAAUAAUUAUAUAAUUUAAAUCAAACCCUUUUUUCUUUCAUAAGGGAUCAGAGAGAUACAUAAAAAAUGUUAAAAAGGAAAAAAAGAAAGAAAAAAAGUUGCCCCAUCUGGGGCUUGAACCCACGCCCCUCAAUUUCAAUGUAGUUUGCAAGCGAAUUUAGCCUAUUUGAAUACUCUUCAAAAUGGAGUUUAUGCAUUACCCAUGGUCCACCUUAAAAAAGAAUUUAACAAAAAAAAAAAUUUCCUCGACUGGGAUUCGAACUCGAGACCUCUCACUCACUAAGCGAGCGCGUUACCACUGUACCACGGAUAAAUUAUACACAGAAGUCUGAAUAAUAUCAAGUCAUUCUAAAUUUAGAACUUCCAUUGCAUUUCGGGUUUGUAAUCCUUAUUAAUUUCGAGGUAUUUUGUUCAGGGUAAACCUGUUGUUUAAAAUUGAAGUAAAUAUUUUAGCGAAAAUCCUCUCGCCCAAACAGUCCGACCUGUAGAAUCUAUAUAUUCCACUACUCGGUUUGUGUAGUAUUCGGUAAUUAAUAGUAUUUUCAUUGAUAAAAUCAUAUUCAUCCGCGUAAUUUGUGAUUGUGCAUUUAUUGACAAUUCUAUAAGCCAACGCUAUUGUUAAACUUUAAAUGCGUUGUAAUUUGUUGGAUACUUGUAACAAAAUAAAAUAUUUCUUUCUUUUAAAUCGCUAGUUUAAAGCUGUUUUGAGAACUACUUGUUGUUAGGUUUGUCGUAAACUUCAGUGUCAGAGAUUGAAUGUCCGCUUUGUAUUUAGUUAUUUUCGAUCAGAAAAUACAAUAAAACAAUAUUAGAAAUCUUCGACCAUUCGGGAAUUACUUUGCUUGAAAAUUGAUGCGCCUGUCUUUGACCAUCUUUACGCAGUGAUCUCCCCUGAAUUUUUCGGCUUUAGUGUACAUACAAAAGGGAAGUAACCGCUUCAAAAAAGUGGACUACUUUCGGCAUUUGCAAUUAACAACAUUAGACUCUGAAAUUUCGCUACCAUUAUUUGUUUGGUCUGACGACCCAAACAAAUAAAAACGGAUUUGAGCACCACCUUAAUACCGUAUUCUGGUAUGUACCGGACAAGACGCUUGAAUGAAAAAAUGCUAAAAUCUCGCCUUUUCACCUUAAAACGUCUAAUUCAACUUUUCACACCGAUUUAUAUACGAUGAGGAAUGUAAAAGGUGAUAUUCGGUGAAAAUAUCGUAUUUGUCUAUUUUGUGAUCAUGAUUUCAGCAAGAGUCUAGAGGUAUUGCUCCAAUCCUGUAUUGAGUUAAAUCCUAUAGGGACAGCAUUGGAUAAGUAUUCCAGGGUUUGCUGUACAUUUAAGAUCCGCGUGCGACGAGACAAUUGAUUUCAUUUAUUCAGUCUAAUGAUAUUUUGUCUAUCGUCGCUGAAUCAAAAUUCAUCUAGAUUGAAUAGUUGAUCGCUUGCGAACAAAUACGUUAUUAUUUGUUAGUUAUCCAGCAAAGCCGAUAAGGUGCUUUUUCCGUCGAGAUAUAAUCAAAUAAUGCUUUAAAAUCGGCGCAAAACCUGAAAACGAAGAAACAAGUAUUAUAAAAAACAAAUAUUAUGAUUAUGUUACACAAAAAUCGUCUUUAUAUUUAUAAGCAGGCAAUUUAAAUAAAUAUGAUAUAUGCAAAACAAAGCAGAAAUGCAUUAAUCUAUUACGUGAAUAUUAUUAAACCGGUAAAGCCGGUGCAACAAAUUCAAUAAAGCAAAAUAUGAGAUUUCUACACGCUACUUUAACAAACAGAUCUAUCUUUCUCAGUGGAUCUCCUCUAAAAGAUUUCAGUGAAAAAGGAUUCAUACAAAUUAUGCCUUUUUUGUGCAUGAAAAACUUUUUUUCAUAGUCAGAAAGUAAGAUUGAAAGUAAGUACAAAUGUAAAAUUAAACAAUUUGAUAGGGCCAUUUAGUUCAUAUAUUAAUCAAUAGAUCUACUGAAAUACAAGUGAUAUCAUGUUUCACACAUUAUUUUCAGCAUGAGCAAAAACAAAAGCAAUAUAAUUGUCCGAAAUGAACUGUAACGGUGACUUGUGACAAUAUCAGAGAAUGUGUUUUAUCAACUAAACAUAACAAACAUGAAGUGAAAAAUAUUUGCUUAAAAGUUUUGAAUAUAGACUGCAGUUGAUAAAGGACUAACAUUAUAGCGUAGAGAACUGUAACGAAACAAGGGGAACUAAAAAUAACUUCAUCGCAUUUAACAUGAAUUCCGUCCGAAAAGCUAGUGUCGACUUACAUGCAUCGGAGUUGAGUUGUGAUCCGUGCAGAUUUGCUGGAAAACCAAUGGUAGCUGUGAAAUAUUGUAAAGACUGCAACGGACAUUUCUGUUCAUAUUGUUCAAAAUCCCACGUCAAGGCACCGAUAACAAGAUCGCAUGUUUUAAUAAGUUUAACUAAGAAACGGGUUGUCAAAAGUUCUACAAGGAUUCAAGAAAAAUGUCAUGAUCAUGGAGCCGUUUUAAUCAGUUAUUGCGAGACGCAUGAGGCGCUUUGUUGCAGCGUUUGCAUAUUAACCAAUCACAAAGUGUGUAAGAAAGUAUUACAGCUCAAUGAAGCAGCCGUAGGAAAAAGAGCGUUCCGGAUGAGUAAAGAUUUGGAAUCGACCAUUAAAAGGAUGCAGAAUUCGUUUAAAGAGGUGCAAAUGCAAAAGGAAGACUAUAUAAAAUCGAUCGAACAACAAUUGGAUGCUGUUGAUUCUUCAAUCAAAAUGUUUCGGAAAUCGAUAAAUGGGAUUCUAAAUAAUCUCGAAGAUGCUGUCAACCAAAAGAAAGUUGAAAUAUGUGUUGAGAGAAGUGAAUUGGUGAAAAGUCAUGUUAAAACUUCACAGACUGCUAUCAAUAUCUUAAACGAUGCAUACAAGCAGCUGGAUUACAGUUUAAAGGAAUCAGAUUCAGAAAUGUUUAUAAGGACCAAACGUGUUCAGGGCGUUGUACAAACGUAUGCAGAAGUUCUUGCGCGAAUACAGCCAAUGCCCCAGAGAGAGGUAUUUCGCUUUAUACCCGAUACUAGUAUAGAAAAAUUCCUUGGUGGAUUGAAAGAGUUAGGGGAACUUACGAUUGAAAUUGUUCAUUCACGUGAAUAUGAACCAUCCAUAACCUCUUCGAUACAAAGUUUCAGCGAACACAAAAAACCCAACUUUGCAAAUGACAUUAAAGUAAGGGUACGAACGGACAAGAAACCUUGCUACAUAACAGGGGCCACAUUCCUUUUUGAUGGACGAGUGAUUCUGGCAGACGACUCUAACAAAAACGUGAAAUUGUUUGGUACUGACUACAAACCGCUUUCCAGUACUACUUUAAACUCUUCUCCCAGAGAUAUUGCCACAAUAUCUCAUGUAGAAAUUGCUGUCACUUUGCCAAAUGAGAAAAUGGUGCAAAUUUUUAAAAUUGGGACCAAAGAUAUUGAGAAAGACAGAAGUCACGUACUAAGCAUUGAUUGCUAUGGAAUAACAUUCCAUGAGGAUGAAAUGUAUGUCACGUCCGGUUGGUCUUCGGAAAGAGAAAUACAAGUAUUAAAAUCGUCCGGUGAAUUCAGCAAAAAAAUACGCCUUUCAAAAGGUGUGUUUAGAUACCCACUUUACAUAACUAUUGAUCCAAAAUCAAAGACCAUGUAUGUAUCUGACUAUAUAAAUGGUGUUAUAGCUUUAGAUAUGGGAGGGAAGAUGGUGUUUCAGUGUAUAAAUAAAGACAUUGGCACGUAUUAUAAAGGACUUACUGUAACUACACCCGGACAGCUUUAUGUCUGUACUUGGCAGCAGAAUGGAGUUCAGCGUGUCCAUAUCGAUGGUAAAAAGAUGGAAACUGUACUAAAUUGGAAAAUAAGUGAAAGGCGUAAACCGUUGGCCGCAGCUUACACUAGUAAAACAAAACGAUUAGUAUUGUCUUUUUGCGGAGACAAAAGAGAUGUUCUUAGUAUAUAUAAA